CUGCGAAAUUACCGGAGCCCCCGGCCUGCCGCGGGCUCGCGCUUCUCCUCGCGCUCGUUCCCGGAGUUGGCGGCCGCUGCGCGCGCUCGUUGCCCAACCCGGUCCCCGCCCCCAGACACGCCGGGCUCUUCGGGCACCACAGCCAUGUGCUCGUUAGCGUCAGGAGCUACCGGCGGCCGUGGCGCUGUGGAGGAUGAGGACCUGCCAGAACUGUCUGACAGCGGGGACGAGGCCGCCUGGGAGGAUGAGGACGAUGCUGAUCUCCCCCACGACAAGCAGCAGACCCCCUGCCUGUUCUGUAACAGGUUAUUCGCGUCUGCUGAAGAAACAUUUUCACACUGUAAGUCUGAGCAUCAAUUUAAUAUUGAUAGCAUGGUUCAUAAACAUGGACUUGAAUUUUAUGGAUACAUUAAACUAAUAAAUUUUAUUAGACUUAAGAAUCCUACAGUUGAGUAUAUGAAUUCUAUACACAACCCAGUGCCUUGGGAGAAAGAAGAGUAUUUGAAGCCGGUAUUAGAAGAUGACCUUUUACUUCAAUUUGAUGUAGAAGAUCUUUAUGAACCGGUGUCAGUACCCUUCUCAUACCCCAAUGGACUCAGUGAAAAUACAUCUGUUGUUGAAAAAUUGAAACAUAUGGAAGCCAGGGCACUGUCUGCUGAAGCUGCCUUAGCUAGAGCACGUGAGGAUCUGCAAAAAAUGAAACAAUUUGCUCAGGAUUUUGUGAUGAACGCAGAUGUCAGAACCUGCUCGUCAUCUACUAGUGCCAUUGCGGACCUCCAGGAGGAUGAGGAUUGUGUUUAUUUCAGCUCAUACGGGCAUUAUGGGAUACAUGAAGAAAUGCUAAAGGACAAAAUACGAACAGAAAGCUACCGAGAUUUCAUAUACCAAAAUCCACAUAUCUUCAAAGACAAGGUAGUUUUGGAUGUUGGGUGUGGAACUGGAAUUCUCUCUAUGUUUGCUGCUAAGGCUGGGGCAAAGAAGGUUCUGGGAGUUGAUCAAUCUGAAAUACUUUACCAGGCAAUGGAUAUUGUAAGACUAAAUAAACUUGAAGAUACUAUUACACUAAUUAAAGGAAAGAUUGAAGAAGUUCAUCUUCCCGUAGAAAAAGUGGAUGUUAUUAUAUCUGAGUGGAUGGGCUACUUUCUUCUGUUUGAGUCUAUGUUAGAUUCUGUCCUUUAUGCAAAGAACAAAUACUUGGCAAAAGGAGGCUCAGACAUUUUAUUUGUUACAGUCUACCCUGACAUUUGCACUAUCAGCCUUGUAGCGGUGAGUGAUGUGAAUAAACAUGCUGAGAGAAUUGCUUUUUGGGAUAAUGUCUAUGGCUUUAAGAUGUCCUGCAUGAAGAAAGCUGUUAUUCCAGAAGCUGUUGUGGAAGUUUUAGAUCCGAAGACUCUCAUUUCAGAACCUUGUGGUAUUAAGUAUAUAGAUUGCCAUACAACGUCUAUCUCAGAUUUGGAGUUUUCGUCAGAUUUUACCCUGAAAAUUACAAAGACAUCCAUGUGCACGGAAAUAUCCAGAAUAGGUAUAUCUGAAGCCACAGACUGAAUAAGAGAAGAAUGGAUGGAAGAUUUCUUUUGGGGGAGAUGAAAUGUUUUAAAAUUAGAUUGUAAUGAUGGUUACACAGCUGUGAGUACACUAAAGAACAUUGAAUUGUACAAUUUAAAUGCGUAAAUUACAUGGUAUGUGGAAUUAUAUCUCAGUUUAAAAGAGGGAAGAGAAACCCACACCUAGACAUAUCGUAGUAAAACUGCAAAAACCAAAGGAAAAAAAAAAAUCUCAAAGUUGGUGGAGCUAUGGUGCUGGAAUUAUCUUUAAAGAAGAGCUAAACAGACUAUUAGAUAAUUUCUACAGUUGGUAAAUUUUCAAACAAUACAGCUGUGAAACUCACACCCAGAUGAAAAAACAGAGCAUCUCAACUCCCUAAUAGUCCCCCUUGUACACCUAGCUAAUACAAGGCACCCUAUGCCCUAUAUUAGCUAGGUGCACAAGUAACAGUGGAAUUGGGGGAGCAGGGGACAGGAACAAUGGAAUCAGAAGAAAUUGUAAUGAUGAUAUUAUCACUGUGCUGCCAGAAAAUAACUGCCAAUCCUGAAUUUAACCAAACUGAGAUAUCAUUGAAAAAUGAAGCUAGACAACUUGGCCAGACGCAGUGGCUCAUGCCUAUAAUCCCAGCACUUUGGGAGAGCAAGGCAGGCAGCUUGAGGUCAGGAAUUCGAGACCAGCCUGGCCAACAUGGUAAAACCCUGUCUCUACUAAAAAUACAAAGAUUAGCUGGGCGUCAUGGCAUAUACCUGUAGUCCCAGAUACUUGGGAGGCUGAGGCAGGAGAAUCGCUUGAACCCAGGAGCAGAGGUUGCAGUGAACUGAGAUUACACCACUACACUCCAGCCUGGGCAAUAGAGCAAGACUCCAUCUCAGAAACAAACAAAAAACAACCACAAGAAGAAUGAAGCUGAAACAAAAAUAUUUUCAGAGAAGCAGAAAAGAAGAGAAAGAAUUUGCCUAGAAAACUUGUGCCAAAGGAAGUACCAAAAGAUACUCAGGCAAACAGCAAAUGAUCCCUGAUGGAAGGCCAGAAAUUCAGGAAGGAAUAAAAGUGAACAAAUGUGGCAAAUAUGUACAGACCAGUAGUUCUCUUAGGUAUAUGCCCAAUGGCCAUGGGUACACAUAUUUACUAAAACUGUUCAAGUGCCUGUCAGCAGUAGACUAAAUUAUAUAGUGACAUAUACCUUACAGCUGUGCAAAUGAUCUGCAGUAAUGGAGAUGAAUUUCACAAACAAUAUUGAGGAAAAUUAGCCAGAUACAAAGGACUACCUGAUGUAUGAUUCUGUAUAUAUUGAAGUAUAAUAGGAACAAUGAAUCUUUGCAUCAGGAUAGGUUGUUAGAGGCAUAGGUGCCUUGCAGAGUCUAGGUGCGCAAGGGGGACUACUAGGGUGCUGAGAUGUUCUGUUUCUUCGUCUGGGUGUGGGUUUCACAGUUGUAUUCAGUUUGAAAAUUCAGCAUGAUGUACAGUUACAUUCACUUUUCUGCAUGUACAUUAUAUAUUAAGCAUUUUUAAAAUAAAAAAUAAUUUCAAUGAAUAAUGGUUGUGUAAAAGAAUUUUGUGUUUAUAGCUAGGAAGAAAUUCGAGCAAUUAAGAUAUCAAUUAAGGUGAGGUAUCAAUUUAUGAAAUGUCAAAGUAUUUGUGUUUUAGACUCUGAAAAUGAUUUUUGCCCCCUGAAACCACCUUAAUAAGCAAUUUUGAAAUUACAAGGGAGCAAUCCCAACCAAAUAAAUGUAAAAUGAGUUUCAGUUACCUUGGAAUAUUCUAAGUAUAUCAGAAAUUAAUUACAUUGUGUUUUUCAAUAAAAAGUAUUUUUAAAAAUA